AAUAUUACAGUUUCUCAAUUAACCUGCUAAUAUUUCAAAUAAACUUCAUCAAAAUGAUCAGUCUAUUGCAGGUGAGUCACAAAAAAACAACAAAACUAUUAAAAGCGCGUUAAAAAAAUAUAUAUAUUAUAUACAUGUAUAAUACAUUCUAUAUUGUAUACUAUAUAAUAUUAAAUUUCAAACAAUGCUACAAGAAAAAAUAUUACGGUAAUUGUGAUUUAUUGAAGUAUUCAAAUUGCAAAAACAAAUUUAAAUAAAUAUUUACUAUCACGUAAUACCAAAAUAGUUUAAAUAUUACUUCAUCAAAAAAAAAAAAAAAUAAUAAUAAUAAUAAUCACAAAUUACUUUUUAAAAAUAAUUGUGGAGUAUAAUAGGAAUUUUAAUUUUUUUUUAAUUAAAAUAUCUAUUGCUAUAUUAGAUAUUAUGUAUUAUAAUUAAUACGGAUUACCGAUAUAUUCCCGAAAAUUUCAGUAAUUACCUACCAGUUCACUGUUUUACUAUCGUAAAAAGUGAAAUUACUCCGAUUUUCGUGAGAUUAUGAGCAUUUAAUCACUAUAAUAUUAUAAUAUUGAUUUAUUGACCAAUUUCUAGAUCGCUGUGGUCGUUUUGAGUGCGCUGACGAUACUGACAAUGGCCGAACACCAAGCUACCUCAUUUGCCUACUACCAUCCAAUAUUUCACCACACUAAACAUCACGGACACGACUACUACGUACGUAAAAUUAGUUAAUUACAUAGUAACUAAUAUUUUUUGACGACGUUUUUUAUUUUUAAAAUAGUAGCUGGUUAUAAAUAUUUAUCAGUGGUUACUCAAUCAUCGUUAUAUUUUAUUCAUAAGUAAUCGUUCUCAAACACGAUCAUAACAGGUUAUAACUACAAUAGUAUUGGAAACUUUGUAUGUCUAGACAAUUUGUGACAAGAUACAAAAAUCAACUACGAUUGUACAAAAUAGUUUUUAUAUAUGUACCUAUAAAUUAUUUUUUGGGGAGUAUUGAAUAGGUAAUAUCGGCAAAUCUUAAUAUGGGAUAAUUAUUUUUUAAUCGUUUUAUCAUAUUCGGUAUAAAAGCCAUUGCAUUGGAGAUCUUUAUCCAAGAGAAUAGUUUAGCAUAUGCCUUAAAUGAUUGAUAUCGUUAAGAUCGAACAUAAAUUCUUUUGAAAAUCUAUAAAGAUUUAGAUUUAAUACCGAUAGUCAUAUUAUGUUUGCAAUUCGUUUUUCUAAAUGAAUUUGUCUCCAUCACAGUCGCCUCCCGAGUACGUAAUAAUCAGCUUUACCAAUGUAAUAUUUUAUAAUGCAUUACAAUGUUAAGUAAUUGUGGAUUUCAAUAUCCACCUUGGUUUCUCUUAUAAAAUGCUGACUUUAUUAUAUUAUUAUUGAGAACUUAGUUUAUCUGGAUUAUUAUCCAGGUAACUCGACCACAUCAAUUCCGUUCGUAUAAAAUAUGGUUUAUAAAUAAGUAGAUGCCUAUAUUUUAGAUGAGAAAUUCAGUAGAUAUUUUCAGAUCCUUGUUAUAUGAUAACGAAUUACGGGGUAUUAUAUUCGGUAUAUAUACAGAAUAUUUGAGUACCGCUAAGAUACCGCUAGCCUAAGUUUCAUAGAAAGCUGAACCUAUCAGCGGCUUUAUCGUAACGCGUUUUACUAACCGGAAUUGUCUCAAACGUAGUCACCGCCCAAGUACGAAUUCAAGUAUGGCGUUCACGAUCCCCACACAAAAGACGAGAAAAAUCAGUGGGAGGAACGACACGAAGAUGUCGUGCACGGCGGCUACAGUUUCGUCCAGCCAGACGGCCGCAUUCGAAAGGUGACGUACACGGCCGACAAGCACAACGGGUUCAACGCGCACGUCCACUACGAACACCACGCUCAACACCCCCAACACUAUGGUCACCAUCACCACCAGGAUUCAUGAACUUCGCCG